AAGCAAGCCCUUGAAGCCUUAAGGAAAGAAUAUCACAGAGGCUCAAUGAAGAAAGGAAGUGUGUUUCUCAUUUUGAAUUUUCAUCACAAGAGGUCGCUGUUUCCUAAGGAAACUCUCUAAAUGAAACUGAAAAUGCAGAGCCCCUCCCUUAAAGGGACAGACAUUCUUGCCAGCCAGAUCCACAAGGGAAAUCUUGAACAACAGAGAAAGCUCAACAAGCCAUGACUCAACCUAUGAAAGCAUUGCCAGUAUGGCUGGGGUAGAUGGUCUCUGCUCCUGACACCAUUGAGACAAGAUAUUUAGAGAAAAAGAGAAGAGCUUGCUGGUGUUGUGCCUGGGUCUGCAAUGCUUACCUGGCCGAAGGGGCUGCUGCAGCUGCUUCUGCUCUACACUGCCUGGAAAAUGGGGAGCGGCCAGCUCCAUUAUUCUGUGCUGGAGGAAUCCCAGCACGGCACCUUUGUGGGCCGCAUUGCCCAGGAUCUGAGGUUGGAGGUGAGUGAGCUGGUGCCUCGGAUGUUCCGGAUGCUGUCCAAAGGAGAGAAGGACUAUUUUGAGGUAAACCUGCAGAAUGGGAUCUUAUUUGUAAAUUCCCGGAUAGACAGGGAGGAGCUGUGUGCCAAGAAUGCAGACUGUGUCCUUCAUCUGGAGGUGAUUGUAGAGAAGCCUCUGAGGUUCUUCCAUGUGGAGGUUGAAAUCAAAGACAUUAAUGACAAUGCUCCCAUCUUCUCAGCCAGGGAACAGAUUCUGAGCAUGGCUGAACUGAUAACAGCAUCUGGUACCCGAUUUCCAUUAGAGAGAGCCUCUGAUGCAGAUAUUGGUACUAAUGCUCUGUUAACUUACAAGCUCAGCCCAAGCAACCAUUUUAUUCUUGAUUCAGGAAAAAAUGAAGAUGAGAGUAAAUCUGUAGUACUUCUAUUGAAGGUUCCACUUGACAGAGAGGAGAGCCCUGUGCAUCAUUUAAUACUGACAGCUACUGAUGGUGGUGAACCAAAACUCACAGGAACUGUUCAGCUCGUCAUCCAUGUGCUGGAUGUCAAUGACAACCAUCCUGUGUUUAAUCAAUCUGUUUACAGGGUAAAGUUGCUAGAAAAUACAGCUAGUGGGUCAUUAGUCAUUACUCUGAAUGCUACAGACUUAGAUGAAGGGGUAAAUGGGGAAAUCUCUUAUUUUUUUAGUAAAGAAGUACCUUUACAUUUCACAAAGAUUUUUAGUAUAAAUUCUGAUAUUGGGGAAAUCAGAAUAAUUGGAAAAUUGGACUAUGAAGAUAUUAAUUGCUAUGAACUUCAAAUUGUUGCAGAAGAUAAAGGCAGUUCUCCAUUAUCAGGACAUUGUGAAGUUUUUGUUGAUGUAUUGGACAUGAAUGAUAAUAGUCCAGAAGUAUUUGUGAAUUCUCUCUCUGUGCCAUUGCCAGAGGAUUCCACUCCAGGGACUGUGGUAGCUAUCCUGAGUGCUUCAGACAAGGAUUCUGGAAUUAGUGGACAAGUAACCUGUGUUCUACAACCCUCUGAGGUGCCUUUCAAAAUACUGUCCACAUUCAAAAAUUACUACUCCCUAAUUGUUGGAGCACCUUUGGAUAGGGAGCAGGUGGCUGAGUACAGGAUGGUUGUGACAGUGGAAGAUCAAGGUGUUUCACCACUGUCUUCUAGCAUCACCAUCUUAGUGCCUAUCAGUGACAUAAAUGAUAAUGCUCCAGCUUUCACUCAACCCUCCUACACAGUCUUUGUGAAGGAGAACAAUCCCCCUGGUGCUCACAUCUUUACAGUAUCAGCCAUGGACCCAGAUGUAGCUGAAAAUGCCCUGAUCACCUAUUGGAUAGAUGAAAAGCUCUGGCCAUUGUCAAGCUACAUCUCUCUACAUUCGGAGAGUGGAAAACUUUAUGCUUUGCAGUCCUUGGACUAUGAGGAGUUGAAACUGCUAGAGUUCCAGGUGAGAGCCAAGGAUGCUGGGAUGCCUACCUUAUGUGGCAAUGCAACUCUUCAAGUCUUUGUGAUGGAUGAGAAUGACAAUGCACCUGUUGUGUCAAGAUCAUCAGAAGAGAACCUGAUUCUUCUCGUGGUCCCUGUGAUGCCUGGGCAUAUUGUAGGCAAGAUCCAUGCCUUGGAUGCGGAUUCUGGAUACAAUGCAUGGCUAAGGUAUGAACUGAUUGAAGAAAGCAAUGGUCCAUGGACUGUAGGGCAAUAUAGCGGUGAGGUGAGUACCAAAUAUUCUUUGGAUGAAUCAGAAGGAAGCAAAAUCCAGAGUGUGUUGGUUCUUGUGAAGGACCAUGGAAAACCUCAACUCUCAGCCACAGCUACCCUGAGUGUGUCACUUGUGACAAGUGGUCAGACAAUGAAAACAGAUAUUAACCUCCCCAGGUCAGGGGAGACCUUUGUGUCCCUGGUGGACUCGAUCAACGUCUAUCUGAUCAUUGCCAUCUGCUCUGUCUCCAGCCUCUUCUUGCUGGCCGCUCUCAUCUAUGUGGCCCUGCGAUGCCACUGCAAGGCAAAGGAACCCAUGGUUUAUGGCCCUGGCAUGGCCACCCUGGUGUGUGCCAGUGAAGUGGGCAGCUGGUCCUAUUCCAAUCGCCACAGCCACAUUCUGGCAGGUGUGAGUGCAGAGGCUGGUGCCAAGAGUGACCUUAUGAUUUUCAGUCCCAACAUUCCUGUUUUUGCAAAUAAUGGGGAACUUAGGAAUGGGACAGAAUUGAUCCCAGAUUCAGCUAAAGAGAUAAUGGGGAACUUAUCAACAGGGUGGAUGUGCCUUCAGAUUCUGCUAAAAAGGUCCAUUCACCACACAUGAGAGAGUUUCUCACCAGCAAAAAUAGACACACUGCCAACAAUAUUUUCUUCCGAUCCUCUUGUGGGCUGUCACGGCCUUGAGUCUGCCAUAUCAGUUGAAAUGACAGGACGUCUUCUCACUGAGUUAGAGGGUUUCUCUUGCCUCAGGGGGCAAUUGCACACUGCCUUGCUGAUCACUGGGAUUCUCCUCUGCUUCGCGUGACUCUUCAAGAGCCACACACUUUUGAAUGGUCCCCAAACAUGGAAAAAUCAGAAGUAAAGGAUGGAACUCGUCCUCUUCUCUCUGCGCCACCCCGACAGCACCACUGGAAGUCCAGGACAUUAUUGUUUUUGAAUUGUUCGGUUUAGACAAUGAUGCAAAAAAAUAUUGAAUUACGAAUCACAAAUACUUUUUUUAUAAAAAAUAUUUUACCAAAUUGAGAAGCUAUAAAAAGGUGCAAAGAAACUCUGCAGUUUACUUGACAGUAGAUCUGUCCUAUAAUGACAGUAAACAUAAGUAGGUUCUUCAUCAUUUUGCCUUGCCAAGCUAUUUCUGAUCUUUGUCUUUGUCAUCAAUGAAUGAUUUUUAUUUUGUGGAUAGUUUUGUUUUUUGAUGAAUCAAUUCUCAGUGUGAUGCCUCCUUUGUGACAAUAUUUAUGUCUGCUGCAUAGUUUGGAAACUCUUUGAACUUUAUUAAUCUGGUACAUACACUGAUCUUUAUAACUUUUUUCAUAUAUUAUAACUUUAGAAAUAGAAAAUAUAAUAUUGUGCAGGGGUUAACAGUUGGAUAGAAGUAAUAUAUUUGCCAUACAGAAAUUAUAAUUGAUAACUGGUUAGUCUUAUUCCUGGAAUAAUGAAAUAUCACCUUGUAUUAGAGCUGUCUCCUCCAAACUGGAGCAGUCUUGUCAAUCUAACAACCAUUAGGUGGAUCCCUUUAUUCUGUUUCUAUUGCAACACCUGCAAUGUUACACUUUGUGAGGUUGGAAGGAAUCAAGUGAUCUUCCUAGGGCAAAGUCCUUCCCAAUCCUUACAUUCUAUAAUUCAAAUCUUUGAGAAUGGUAUCAACUUAGCAUGUGUUUUGGGAGUGGGGAAGGAUUUUAUCAUAUGAAAACCCAUCUUUAUCUUAUAUAGCUGAAUGAAUAAUCUGAGAGAAUAGAUGAUUGGAAGAGGGAAAUCCUUGCAACAUUCAGCAAAAUAAACUUAGGGGAUCUAUAGUUUUGAAAGGCUGACAUUGGUACUGGGGAGGCUCAUCAGUGUUUCCCAACCUUCUCAAGUUAUAGAUGUGUGGUCCUGAGCUUCCAGAAUUCUCAGCAAAGGGCAGCUUGCAGGGAAUUCUGAGUCUGCAAACCUACAUAGCUCAAAAUGACGGCGCUCAAGGCACUCAAGGAAUACCUGUUGUAUUCUGAGAAGCUCAUAGAGCAAUUAAGCAGUAAAUGCUAAAGAUCUACUUGGAUUUUUCAAGAACAUGUCAAAUGGGAAUUUUAUUUGUUUAAUCACACAAUUUUCUCAGUAUAGAUGUGCUUUGCCAGUCCUUUAAUUCUGUGAGAUAUUUUUAUCUUCACAAUCUAUUUAAUGAAAACUCAGAUUAUUGGGGGCAAUAUGCUGACUGUAUAAACUGCUUAGAGGGGGCUGGAAAGCACUAUGAUGUGGUAUAUAAAUCUAAGUGCUAUUGCUAUUGUUAUAAACCUGGGAUAUCUUAGUGUUUCCCCUAUCCAUAUACUUACAGUUCAAUUUUCUUGAGAUUAGCCAAGGUCAGUUGGGUGUUGCAUCAAUUUACUGAAAUUAUAGGACUGGUAUGAACAUCUUACAUACUGAUUCUAUCAAGGCAUUUGACAAAGUAUAACUGUAACUUUCUGAUUAAGAAGUUUGUUAAAUGUGAACCUGAUUCCUUGUCAAUUCAAUGAACUAUAGCUGAUUUGAAAUAUGUAUUGAAAGAAUGCUGAUCAAAAACUCAUAGACUCAUAGAACUGCAAAGGACCUUGGUGGCCUUCUAUUCCGACCGGCUGCUCAAGGUAAAAGUUCAUAUACCAUCCUGGACAAAUAGUGGUUCUAUUCCUGAAAUGCUAUCAUGAUUGAGCACCCACAACUCCAAGCAGCAGGAGUUAAUCAUUCCACUGAUUAAUUUUUCUCAGUGUCAGGAAAUUUCUACUUAGAUGGAUGUAUCUUUAAUAGGUUUCCACCCAUACUUCCUGCUUUUUGGUACUUUGGAGAAUAAGUCCAUCCUGUCUUUGUUCUGACAGCCCUUCAAGUAGUGGAAAUCUUGCUAUCAUGUCAUCCCUAAUUCUUCUGUUCAUUAGACUAGACAUAUCCAGUCCCUGCUACCAUUCAUUGUAUUCUAUGGCCUCCUUUCUCCCUGCUAUAUAUCAUCUCUUUGCCAUCUUCUCCCAUUUAUGGACCAUUUGUUUCCUUUACUUUUUUCUUGUUUUUCACUUGUUAAAAGAAAUGUUGAAAAUAUAUAUGUCGAAAGAAAUACUAAACGUAGCCAGUUACCUCAACCGUUCAUCAUAUGGUUUAGCCUCCAGUAUCUUAAUCAUCUUUGUUGCUCCUUUCUGCACUUCUUUUAGAGUCACAACUUUUUUUUAUAGUAUGGUGACUAGAAUUGCAUGUGGUAUUUCAAGUGUGGCCUCAUUAGGUUGGUAUUAAGGGGUAUUCUCACUUCUUGUGAUCUUGAUGCUGUCCCUUUGCUUGAUACAUCUUAGGACUGCAUUGGCUUUAUUUUGCACACUGCUGGCUCUUACUUGGAUAAGACCACUAGGACACUUAUCCCUCUCACAAUUAGUACUGUUGAGUCACAUACCAUCUAGUCUAUAGCUGUACAUUUAAUUUUUCCCAAGUGCAGGAGCUUAGUUUUCCCACAGCAUCUUGUUGGACUUGAGCUUAGUGCUCCAGUCUAUCAAGAUCCUUUUAUUGUUAGCAAAUCAUCAAACUGACGGCAAGUAUGUAGAGUGAAGCUUGCGCAACUAAUAUAGUAGAUUCCAAGGCUCGCAGCUUUACAUAGCUAUAUUUAUUUUCCUUUUUGUCAGUUUAGGGGAGGGAAGUUGGGGGGAAGGGAACACAUCAGAAAAUAAUAGUUAAAACAAAGGAAAAAUGGAGAAAGGGAAAGGGAAACAAACUUAACUAUUCUUCAAAAUGUAAUAA